AUGUUGUUAUUUGUAUUUUGGUCGAUAUGAUGUUCAUCCGAAUUAUUUUCAAGAGUUCAAAAACCAAUGAAUAACGUGUUUGUUUUCAUGUUUCCAGAACCAAGUAUAAAAGCUCCUUGCGAAUCAACUGCCACUGUUAUAUUUUGUCCACUCGAAGCCGAUGAAAUUUCAGAAUGCCGCAAAGAAAUAGAGUCAGUGAUCGCCCAGUGCAUUAAGGAUCCAUCAGAUUUUGAUGUGUCUACAACAGAAGCGGUGUCUACAUCAGACGAAGUGUCUACAACACAAGAGGAAGCAGAAACAGAAAUGGUUUCUACAACCAUGCAAACGUCUCUACCGAACACUGAUUCCGACACAACCCAGCAUAUGCCUUCAACUAUUCCAGGAUCAACAAGCAGCUUAAUGGUAGUUGGAAUCGUCGUUGGGGUCUUUAUUGUGAUUGUCGCUGGAAUCAUUGUAAUUAUUCUUAGAAACACUGGGCGCGCAUGUUUCAAAUCUACCGAGAGCAAAUGGCAUCAAAACAGGGGCGGCAUGACCCAUGAGUCGAAUAUAGAUCCGGAGCUUCAACCUCGUGAUCACUAUGAGUAUUUAGGGAUGAGUGAUGACACCACUGACUCAGUUGUCCUAGCUAGCAAUGUAGGCGUCUUCAAUGGAAAUAAUAGCGGUGGUGUGGCCACUGUUGAAGACGACUUGGCAAUAGCAAAAAAGCCAGGGGAGCAAGAAAACUUUGCUGCAGCAAAGUCCGAUUUCGUGUUGGAAAAAGAAUGCAUGAGUCAAGAUUUCGCUCUUAAAGCCGGUUCAUCUGAGAAACACAAUUACUUUGUUUUAGAAGCACAUCGCUUAGAAUUGGAGAACCGAAAAGAUGAGCCCAGUGACGAAAGGCAUCCGUAUUUUGUUUUAGAAAAAGAAGGCACUGGUAUUCAUGUUAAUGAAUAUCCAUCGGAUGAAGUUAAUGAUUUAUUUAAAUUAGAGAAACCAGUCGUCGAUGUCAAAAUAGGCGUUGAGGAUACUAAUGAUAGAAAAUUCAAAAUUGAUGAAUAUGAGGACAUUGAUGACACACACUUCGAAGUGGUGAACAACGACUAUGAUUUCACCAGCAAAGGUUUGGGUGCGGUAUUUUCAGAAAAUACAUACAGCAGACUUAAUAUAAACGGCGACGAUUAUGAUCAUAUCGGAAUGAAUAAAUUACAAACGUAGAGCAGUAUACACGGAUUAACUGUCGCGAACAGCUGGUGUUUGUGUACGGACAAAUAGUGUAUAAAGAUAUAGCAAACAUAUUACAACUUUGCGUGGCCUUAGAUUUAGGAGCGAAAACAUUUAAAACAUGAUCUCCCUCAUUUGUUUACUUGAAAAUGGGAUACCACUGCUAAUGAAAAUACAUGUAGUUAUUAUUAAAGUAGGUUUUUAUUUUACAAAAUAUUUUGUGUAUGAUGAAAUUUAGUCUGUUUUUGUUGAUUAGCCGUUCCCAACACAAAUUGAAUUUGCUAAAUCUACUAUUAUCUACAAUAUUGCGUGAUUUGUGCUCAUUAUACGACAUUUUAGUAAUACGGAUAGAUAGAAUCUAUUACGUAUUGGUCGUGUUAUUCGAACAGAAUGAAGUAAAGUUAUAGAUAAGUAGAUCUGUAAUGUACAAUGUAUAUAAUAUUAAUUAUCAUAAUCAUAAUUAUAAUUGCCAUAAAGAAACUAUAUUUCUAGGUGCUAUUAAACUAAUAUUUACAGAUAAUUUUAUCCAAAAUUGGAACGGCCAAUUGGUACACUCGAGUAGUGCUCUUAUCUUAUAGAAAUAUAGCAAACUUUCAAAUGUAACCAUAUUAAAUAUUAUGUUAUAUUACAAAGUACAGAUUUAGCUUAUCUAUGUUACGAUUAUCUACUCAUAGAUUAAGAAUAGAAAGUGGCAGAUGGUCUAAACCUAAUACUAAACCUGGUGGGCAAAGGACAUGUAUUACUUGGAACCGUCUAGAAGACGAAUAUCAUGUUGUGCUUGAAUAAAACUUAUACUCAGAUUUAAGAUGUAAAUAUAUACCUUGAUAUUUUAGAAAUAGAUCAAAUAUGCAAAAAAUUAUAGAACUUAUGUCUUCCGAUAGUGAAUCUGUGUUUAGAAAAUAUAGUGCAUUUGUUCAUGCUGCAUUUUCAGUAAGAUUAACAAACAUGUGUCUAUUUAUUAAUGUUAUCGACUUUGUUCACUAACUAAAAUAUGUAAAUUACUAUUGUUUUUGUUUUUGUAUGUAAAUUAAUGUACAUAUAUUUUAUGCGUUACAAAAAUGUUAAGUGUAUGGUGCUAAAAUUAAUUUAAAAAAUCGAUUUAAAUGUGUGCCUUUAUGAAUUUUUAUUACAUGAUGUAUACUUUGCAUGUCACCUACCAUAUGUUUUUGUUGCGAAAUUAACACGUAAUUUGUUCUGUUAUUAUCAUGAAACAUGAUUUAUUAUACAUCUCAUGUAUUUUCUAUAAUGUUAUUGUUAAAUGAAUACAAUGCACUAUGGUUUUUGCAUUACUCAUCUUCGUCUGUAUUUUCAGUAGUUUUGAUUUUGUUCUUGUUAUAGUCUCACUAUGAAUUUGUGCGACGAGUAAAUGCAUGUAUUAUUAUCUGCAGACAAUGAUUGAGUGAUAUUAUUUAUGUAGUAUGUAUAAUGUUCAACAAACUCGCUUACUCAUAACUUAAGUACUCAUCAGAAAUAUGUUUAUAUUAUUAUUACUGUUGUUAUCAAUUACAUAAACUAAAAUGUGUCCACAUGGGCCAUUAGCCUUCUGGAAAUAUUGUAAAUAAAAUCAUUAUCAUAUAGCAUUAGUGUUAAAGUUAACUCGUUAACUUUUUAAUAGACAGUUCCAAUGUUUGGGAAUGGAAGAAAUAAUAUAUGUUUCAUUUUUCGUAUAAUGUAUUAUACUUAUUGCAUUGUUACAGAUUUUUGCACAAAACUUCAAUGACAUGUGAAAAGGGAACUUUCUUACUAAAACUAACAACAGCAAAUAUUGCAUAAAUGCUUUUCUUUGCACAAACAUUUAGGUCUCAAAUAUCGAAAUACGCACGAACACAAAGUAGUAUAAAACAUAAAAAAGGACAUAUUUAUUUUAUGCUUUAACGGUUUAUAGAAAAAAAACAGCUACUUUUCAAACGUUCAAAAAUAAUAGUGAAAAUGAUCGAUACUUUUUUCAGGUUUCGUGUAAAAUGAAUAUGAUAUAUCAGUUUUAUAACGUUAAUGUUCCUUGAAAUCGCCAAUUUUACCGCUAACAUAUGUUACCAUUUAGUGAAAAGGCCUUUAAUACAUUAAACAUCUGUUGGUUUACUAUAUAAUCGAUUUUGUAUUCACUCGUGAUGAUACAAAUAAAUAUCCUCACUCUUGGCUUGGCCAUUCCUGGAAAUAUUGAAAUAUAUGAGUACUCGCUGAUAAUCUACUGACACCGAAAUGAUCCUACAUUUAUAAAAUUAUACAAUUAAAGCGCUGAAGGCACUGCAAUUGUUCGCCCUUUGAACAUAUUUAAUAUUACGUACAAUUACAGGACAUGGAGUUCGACGUUUGAACGUAGACCAAUCGAACGGCCACGAAAAAUGCAAACGCCAACAUAAUUUACUUUUUAUUGUCUACAGUGGUGAGAUUUUGAAAAAAAAACGGAGAAAAAUGCCACUUAUUUACAUCUCUCAUCAUUUUUAUAGGAUUCGAACAAACUCCACUUAUGAUUACAAAAAUGAAAAAAGAAAGUCAACGUAUAUCUAAGAUGGCGCUAAGGAAAAGUCUGUGAGUCUAACACAGAAUGAACCACAUCAUAAUUCUUAUAAUAAAUGUAUUGGUAUCAACGACCAUUGUAUAAAAUUCUCGAUCAAAUCAAAUAAAAAUAUUGAAAUUA